GACAUGUCAUGAACAGUUUCAGCUAUAUUAGAAUCACAAACACAGUUGUAAUUUAUUGGCAGAAGGUCAAAGGGAACUGGACACCUCUUGUAUGCCAGAUAUCAACAGAAUUUACACCAAAUGGAGGCUGAGGACUACAUCCUGAGUGGACUUCCAGUUGUCCUGCACAAUGCAAUGGUAGCAUGGCCAGCCUCAUCUUGGACACCGGAAUUCCUUAGUCAGCAGCUCUCACAGCCAUUGUCUUGUAAAGUGACUCCUUUAUCUGUAGGAAAGGCACUUAUGGAGACCGAGUGUAUACAGGAAUCAGUAUGUCUGACAGACUUUGUCCAAUGGCUCAGGGGAAAUGUCGAGCAAAACAACCCUCUCCAAAAGUAUGAUCGCAACACAUUCUCAUGUUAUCUUGACUACAAGUACAUGCAAGAGAUAUUUACAAUGAAGCCAGAGCUUCUCAAGGCAAUAUGUUGGGAGAGUGUAGGGCUGGAGGGACGAGACGGGACAGUCAGUACAAUGUGGCUGGGAAGUGAGAAUGCCUAUACCAACUGUCACUAUGAUGCUUAUGGUUAUAAUCUGGUAGCUCAAAUAUAUGGCAGAAAACGAUGGCUACUGUUUCCCCCAUCAGAUACCAAGUACCUCUAUGCCACACGAAUCCCUUUUGAGGAGUCCAGCAUAUUCUCACAAGUGGAUGUUAAAAAUCCAGACCUCAAGCUUCAUCCAAAGAUUAAGCUGACAAAUGUAUAUGAGGUUAUCCUGGAGCCAGGUCAGAUCCUGUAUGUACCAAGGCACUGGUGGCAUUAUGUUGAGUGUCUCGAACCAGCCAUCAGUAUCAACACCUGGGUAGAACUGACUGUUGACAAUGAGUCCAGGAUAGAGGAGGCAGUGACACGCAGCCUUUUCUCAAGUCUCUUGAGCUCCUACGUGAAUACAGAGAAACAAGUAACAGAUGAUGGCCAUAAGUUGGGGGCAAUUGACGCCUUACAACAGGAAAUCAACACUCAGAAGUGGAUCAACCCUAAAGAGGAGAUUUGGGAUAACAGUCGCAACACACUUGUGCUGAAUGAGACACUUAAAGCAUUGGGAGAUGAUAGUAGCUUUACGAACGGUGAUGUCUGUCCAAGGUCGGAAGGAGGACACAAGAUGGAAAUUUCAGGCAUCUCGAAUUCGUCUGCCAGUAACAAACAAAGGGAAAAGAACUUGGAAAAAUUUGCACAGCACUUUAGAGGAAAGACAGUACUUUUUCAAGAAACCCCAAAUAAAAACAACAAAUUGAGAAAACAAGAGUUGAGAAGAGAGAGCAGUAUACCCGAUACAUCAGCUCAGCAACCAGAUAAAAAUGUUGAUGUCACUUCUGUUAGUAUCUGUUUAAAAAGAAAACAUACCGAUGAUUAUGUUGAUCCACCCUGUACUGCAAAAGCUUGCAACAGAAGCCUGAAGUCUGAACUGUUGGUCAAAAUUGUCUCAGAUUCAAACUGUGACAGCAACCAUGCAACCGUAGAUACAAGUUGUAAGUGUAUGAAACCAUGUCUACAGUGCCCUGACCAGGAUUGUAAGGAAAAUGUAUGCCAAUCAAGGAUAGUCCCUCCUACACAGUCAGAGGAAAUAAGUCUUACUGCAGUGACAGCACAGCCGUUCAUGACAUGGUACUCUUUGUGUAAACAUAAACAUGGAAACUGCAAUUCAAUCAGGGAUUUAACUGGUAGUGUAAUGGACAACAACUUUAUGCAAACUUCGACCCAAAUUCUGGAAAAUGCGAGUGGCAGCACACCACACAAUUUCAAGCUGGGAAGUGAGUGUUCAUGUAGUUAUCCAAAGGUGUCCUGUUAUGAAAAAGAAAUGUGCAAAAAUUGUAAGAGUUGCUGUUCAUUAAUUCAUGGUGAUAAUGAUGGAUUGACACAUGAUAUCUGCGAAAAAGUGAUUUCUAAAAAUACACUGACGUUUGAAAAAUUUGUGAUGUGUGCUACACAUCCUAAUGUUAUACAGACUAUCGUCGAAACGAUCAAGAAUAACAUGACGAUUGAUUAAGAAUUCAUCCAGUAUUAUGUGAAAUCUUACCUUUUCUGAAAAUGUUAGGGUAUACAUGUAAAUGUCAGGUCUUGUAUGUGAAAUUGUGAUCCAUACAGGUUUCUGGAAACUGAUUUUCUGUAUAAACUAUUCUGUUUUACCAGAGCGUGUUCUUUUUGAUGCAUUACUCCAAUUGUAUAUUUUACAUCUUGAUACAAACCUAAAGUUUCACAAUCCCCUAAAUGAUUCAGAUUGACAGGUUGAUAGUUGCUGGUUGAUAUUCAUCAUAUACUUUAUAGUAAUAAAUUAGUUGCAUAAGU